AUGACAAGUGCGGUACGCAAGAAACUUGUCAUUGUUGGAGAUGGAGCAUGUGGGAAAACUUGUCUACUUAUUGUAUUCAGUAAAGACCAGUUUCCUGAAGUUUAUGUUCCUACCGUAUUCGAAAACUAUGUUGCAGAUAUCGAAGUCGAAAAUAAACAAGUCGAAUUAGCACUCUGGGACACAGCUGGUCAAGAAGAUUAUGAUAGAUUACGACCGCUUUCUUAUCCUGAUACGGAUGUCGUUUUGAUAUGUUAUAGCAUUGACACUCCUGAUAGUUUAGCAAAUAUUCCUGAGAAAUGGAUACCAGAAAUCAAACAUUUUUGUCCAAAUGUCCCUAUUAUUUUAGUUGGAAACAAAAAGGAUUUGCGAGAUGACGAGGCUACAAAGAAUGAGCUACGCAGAAUGAAGCAGGAAACUGUCUCUUUCGAACAAGGCCGUGCAAUGGCUGCACGGAUUGGUGCUGACCAAUUCUUUGAAUGUUCAGGUGCAAGGUGGAAAGUUGUCGUACUAAUUAUCAUUUGGUUACCUAUUGUUACAACUCGAGAUCAAUUAGUGCCACUUCCUCAGUUCAAUCUAUCGUUUGGGAUUGAAGCGAUGUAG